GAACGUGUAAGUGUGAAUAAAAGCAAAAUGGCAUAUCUGCAAGCACCCCCUCGAGGUGUCAUUUUCGACCUUGGCGAUGUCCUUUUCAAAUGGUCUGCCAAUACAACGACGACUAUUCCAGCUAGGAAGUUGAGAGACAUUCUCUCUACCCCUGUCUGGCAUGGCUAUGAGCGUGGUGAGAUGACUCGGGAUGCUUGUUACGAGCUAAGUGCUCGACAAUUCUCCAUUCCAGCGUCUGAAAUCGCCGAGGCAUUUGCCCAAGCCCGCCAGUCUCUGGAGUCUGACCACACCAUCGUUUCGUUCCUUCGCGAAUUGAAGGAUGAUCCCACGGUCCAAGUGUAUGCCAUGUCGAACGUUGGCAAAGAAGACUUCGAGGAACUCGCAGCAAAAAUGGAUUGGCCGCUGUUUGACCAGGUGUUCACUUCGGCAGCGGCAGGUAUGCGAAAGCCAGAGCUAGGGUUCUACCGCCACGUUCUGGACCAUAUUGGCUUAGCUGGUCAUCAGGUCGUCUUCAUUGACGACAAAAACGAGAAUAUACAGGCAGCAAAAGCAUUGGGCAUUCGAGGACUCGUUUUUGGGCCAUCGACAAUUCACACUUUGCGCGACAUGUUCGAUAGUCCAGCCAGCGAGGGCUGGAGGUAUUUGUUUCAGAAUGUGAAGCAUCUUAACUCGUUCACGAACAGUGGGAUCGUCUUUGCCGACAAUUUCGCGAAACUGCUGAUUAUGGAUUCUUUGCAAGAUCGAUCCAUCAUCGACCUGGAAUGGGGGUCCAAAAAGACUUGGAACUUUUUCGUCGAUGAACCAUCACUUGUUCCAGGGGGGUAUUUUCCUGAUGACCUUGACACCACGUCCCUCGCUCUAUCAGUCCUUCGGCCGUCAUCAACCAAAACAGUCACAGCAGUACUCGACACAAUGGCCGAAUAUGUCAACGACGAUGGCACAUUCCAGACUUAUUUUGAUCGUAAUAGAACCCGGAUUGAUCCUAUUGUCAGCACGAACAUACUCGCUUGCUUUUACACUUAUAAUCGUGGCCAUGAGCUCGAGCGCACACUCCAAUACGUGCACUCGGUGCUCCUGAAUCGAUCGUAUAUGCAGGGAACCCGAUACUACCCGUCACCAGACUGCUGUCUAGGCUUCAUCGGACGCCUGCUGCGGUCAUCAAACGAUCCUCAUCUCCAGAUGACGCUGGGUCCACUGUUGAAGUUGAGAGUACGUGAACGCCUCAACUUGGGUGGCAGCGCAUUGGACUUGGCUAUGCGUGUCAUCACGUGCACCCACAUGGGAGUCGCAUGUGAGAAUGACCGCCGCGCUUUGCUUGACUUGCAACGUGAGGAUGGAAGCUGGGAUGCUGGUUGGAUGUAUCAGUAUGGAUCUACGGGCGUGAAAAUCGGUAAUCUUGGAGUAACUACAGCAAUGGCAAUUGCAGCACUAUCAUCUCAAAGCAUGGCUACACUUGGGGCAACCUUAACGAAAUAAGCGUCUAAAGUAAAGGUACGAAUAGGAGGUUCUUUCCCGCUGAACUUGAUGAUUAGAUAGAUCAAUAACACC